GCGGAUGUAAACUUCGGCAAAAUGAGAAUAUAAAAGGCGGAGUUUUGUCACAAAAUUUUGGCUCCGUUCUUCUACCCUGCCGGUGUGGGGCGUGUCAAAUUAUGAAAGACAGAAUGGAGGAAAAACAAAACACAGACAACGACGGAACAUCGGAGGGAACCGCCGACUCCGACACCCUCUCCAUGCUUCGCCCUGCGCUUUCCCUACUCAAGCGUCGCAGCUUCAACGCCUGUCGCGAUUUCACUCGAAAGAUCGCCAGAUCCGACCCCAACGUCUCUCUGCAAAUCGACCAAAUCCUUGCGGUUGCCGACGUUCUCGCCGCCGCUGAGCGCCGCCACGACCCGCUCGACUGGUACUCCAUCCUGCGCCUCAGUCCUGGCGACGCAGCCGCGGACCGCGAUUUCGUACGACAACAGUUCAAAAUCCUAGUUCGUCUCCUGGACCCUAACAAGAACAAGUUUCCCUUCGCCGACGAGGCCCUCAUGCGCGUGCGCGAAGCCUGGUGUGUUCUCUCUGACCCCACACUCAAGGCAAGUUUUGACAGAAAGGUUCAAGACGAGACUUCUUCGUUUUGGACAAUGUGCCCCUACUGCUGGUACCUCCACGAGUACCAGAGGUGCUACGAGGAUUGCACGCUGAGGUGUGCCAAUUGCCAGAAGACGUUUCACGGCGCCGCGGUGAAGCCCCCUCCGCCGGAGUCGGUGGUAGCAGGAAAGGAGGAGUACUACUGUUACCACGUGAGUUUGCCGCUCAGGUAUCCCGUUGGUGAUCGGCGUGGUUUUGGUGAUGAGGAAAAUGGGAUGCGGAAGAGGUUAAGGGUUAAAACAGUGGCUAAUAGGACUAGAACUAAAGGGUUUGUUCAUGCCCUUGCUGACUCCGAUUCAGAUUCAGACGGGGAGGAGAAUGAGGGAAGAUAGUGUGUGGUUUUUAGCCACAAAUUUUGGGAAAUCCUCAAAAGGGAAAUCUUGGUUGGGUUGGUAGUGGUUGGUGUUUAGUGUAUGUAUGGUUGUUGUCACAGAUUUUGGAAAAACCUGAAAGGGGAAUCUUUUUGUAGGACGUCCAUCAUGUAGUCUUGGUUUUGUAGGAAAAGGGGCAUCAUCAUGCAUUGCUUCUAUCUUGCUGUCUUGAAAUGCUGCUUCUGCCAGAUACAUGAUGAAUUCUUCAUUUUGGGUGUAACAGUUUGUCUGUGAAAGAAAAUCUUCUUAGUAUUUAGAAAGAGAUAUCUUGGUGUUACUAAUAGCUGGCUAGAAAGGAGUAUGAUUCUCUUGCUGAAGAAAAGAUAAUUUUGAUAGUUUUAGCAUAGGUUGUAUACUAUCCAAAAAGCAUAGUUUAAGAGAGAAUUCGAAGGUACUUUUGUUUCAUAAA